AUGCACGGCCUCGUCGCACCGCAGCUCGCCCUCGCCGGCACGGCCGUCGCCGCGUGCAACGGACGCGAGGAGUACUGCGGCCGCAAGUACUCCAACAUUACCUACAUGGGCGCCCACAACAGCGCCUUUGUCGGCUCGCUGCCCAUGCACAACCAGUACGUGCCCGUCGCGCAGCAGCUCGACCUGGGCGUGCGCUUCCUCCAGGCGCAGACGCACCGCAAGGACGGCGCCAUCGAAAUGUGCCACACCUACUGCUGGGAGCUCGACGCGGGCUCCCUCGACGCGUACCUGCGCGCCAUCUCGGCGUGGAUGGGCGCGCACCCCGACGAGGUCGUCACGCUGCUGCUUACGAAUGGGGACAAGAUUCCGGUCGAGGACUUUGAUGCCGUGUUUCAGGCCGCGGCACUGACGCAGUACGUGAUGCGCCCGCCGCAAAAGGUCAUGACCAGGGAAGAGUGGCCAACGCUGCAGGAAAUGAUUGAUGCCGGCACCAGGCUGGUCGUUUUCAUGGACCGCCACACGGAUCAGACCAAGGUCGACUACAUCAUCAACGAAUUCGACUACUUUUGGGAGACGCCGUGGGGCAUCAUCGACAAGACGUUUCCCACGUGCGUCGUCGACCGGCCACCCAAGGGCGACCCUGCCAAGCUCAUGGGCUUGAUGAACCACAUGCUCAACUUCAAGUUUGGUGACGUCGUCUUUCCGAAUCAGCCCGACGCCGCCAGUACAAACUCCAAGGCGUCGAUCGAGGCGCAGGUAGCCAGAUGCAUCGCGGCCUGGUCGCAACAACCCACCGUGGUCCUGCUCGAUUGGGUCAACAUUGGCGAGGUGGCGGAGGAGGGGCUUGCUCUUAAUGGGCUGUCGUGA